AUGAAUAGUUUACGGUUAGUUGCCUUGUCACAUUCAGGCUAUAAAAACAUCGAUUAGAUAGAAAAUGAUUUAUUUUCCUAGCUGCACAAAAGCUGGUCAAUUUAUCCUCAAUUAAAAUCAACAAUUUGUAUACGAAUUGGCAUUUUCAUUUGCAGCUACAUAUAUAUUAGGUGUUACUGGCUUCAAUGAAAAUUCAUUUUUAUUGCCAAAUAGUUGGAAUAAAGUUAUCAACAUGACUAGCAAAAUAAUUGCAUUAGUUCUUAUUGUGUUUGUGUUUCAGUGCAUGGUAGAAAAUUCUCAGUGUACUAUAAUGAGUUGUAUCCCAUUAUCUGGCAUUACAGAAAAUGAAGCAGUGGCACUUUUACACCGAAAUUUAACUCAAAUUACACCAAAAAUCAAAUGUUUUGGAGCUUGUAUGGUAGAAGACUUGCAUUUAAUUGAUGGAUGCAACUUGAAAUAUGAAGAAGCUAAACUAAAUUUUGACUUGGAAGGACAAUCAAAUAUGACUUUUGCUUUGGAUGAAUGCAAGAAUAGUAUUCAUAGCAGUGAGCGCUGUGAGUGUGGGUAUGAAUUGUUUAAGUGUAUGGAUGAUGUUUUUAGCAAAAUGUAAAAUUUUUCAAACAGAAAAUAAAAAAAAAAUAUAUAUUAUUCAAAUCAAGAAUAUCACCCACAUA